AUGGCGAGGCGCGGCCUGCUGCUGGCAAUGCUGUGUGCUGCCGCGGUGGUGCGGCGCGCGGACGCGCAGGCAUUUUUGCAGGAAGAACUGCCCCUCAGGCCGCUUGUGACCACGCCCAGCGAGCUGCUUACCGAUAGCGCCAGUGCAAUCGUGACGCUGGUGCAGCGCCAGGCCAUCACGGCGGUCUUCAGCCGCCCCGUGAUUGCGCUAGGCGCCGACUGGGGCCAGAAGGAACUCCCCAAGGAGCUGACCCCGUUCACGCUGUCGUGCAACACCCCCGGCCGCCUGCGCUGGGUGACGACCAACAUCGCGCGCUUCGACCCCAGCGUGGACUGGCCCACUGACCUGGCCUGCACCUUUGACUGGAACAAGGGCCUCAAGUCCUUUGACGGGGUGGCGCUGGACCUGGCUGGCAACGUGGCGAGCGUCAAGCUGGCGACAGCGGAGAUCGCCGUGACCCUGAGCGGCGUCAGCUCCCAGGCGGCCGACAAUGCCACCAGCGGCCUGUGGAGCUACAACGUGGGCCUGCCCGACGACAGCCUGCCGGAGGUGCCGCCGGGAGCCAACAUCACGCUGUCCUUCACGUACCCCGUGGAGCUCUCGCGCCUGGCGGCGGCGCUGCAGGUGCUGCCCGGCAAGGGCGCGGGCGCCGCCCUCAACUCCAAGGCCACCGUGCUGCCCUGCGACGAGCCGGUCUUCACGCCGCGGCCGCUGUUCUUCCCCGCGGCCGCCGCCGGCCGCACGUCCCCCGCCGACCUCCUCCGCAAGAGCGCCUCCUGCGCCGUCGUCCAGCUGACCCCCGCGCUGCCGCCCGGCGCCGGCGCCAAGCUGCGGCUGCCAAAGGGCGCGCGGUACAGCGCGCUGGCCGGGCCUGCGCAGUCGGACCACGACGUUGACGUGUUUGGGCUGCGGCGGUUCAGGAUCCCGCUGAGGCAGGACUGGCGGCCGUUUGAGGGGGGCCCCGACGACGCGAUCUACGACGGCGUCAGCUUCCGUCGCCUGGACAUGUGGCUGCCCCACGGCCUGGCCGCGGGCGUCACCCCGGCCGACCUGCAGCCCCUGCUCUCCAUCUGCAAGCUCUCCAACCCGCGCAACGCCAACUCGCCGUGCGCGCCCCUGGGCUUCAACCUUACGCGGCUGGCCAAGGGGCGGCUGAGGAUGGGCGUGCCGGGGCUGGAGCCGCGGCAGCGGUACAGGGUGGAGGUGAAGGGCAGCGACAGGGUGAAGGACGCGUUUGGGCUGGCCCUGCAGCCCCUGAGCACCGUGUUCUGGAGCAGGUCGCUCGACCCAGCCUUCCAGGGGCCUGAGGUCUCGGACAAGUUUGUGAUCUUCGAGGCGACCGCGGGCGCCGCCACGCUGACCUGGCCGUGGGUGUCGCGCGGCAAGCCCGGGGAGGCGCGCACGGCGCAGCAGUGGAGGUUGGGGGCGGACGACGUGCCGCGCCUGAUUGCCGGGAUCAACAGCUACUACGGCUUGCCGCCAGACAGCCUUGGCACCUCGGGCUCCUCCAUCACGCGCUCCUCUGACGCGGCCCCGGCCUUCCAAGACCUGCAGCUGCCGACCGGCCCCGGCCUGUCCCUCGCGGCCGCGUGCUGCGUGCAGCGGAGCUACCCCACAAAGAGCCUCGUCGUCACCGGCGAGGCGCUCGUGCUGCAGAGCAACCUGCAGGCGGCGUUCAUCGGCGCCGACGGGGACGUCACCGCGUGGGUGACGGACUCCCAGGGCGCGGGGGCGCCGGUCAGGGGCGCCAAGGUGUCGCUGUACUUCACGCCCCUGCAGACGGGCCCGGCUGUCGCGGGCCCCAGCUGCACCACCGGCGCCGACGGCACCUGCGUCAUCGACGGCGCCUCGAUCUCCCUCGCCCGCAACGGCGCCGGCGCCGGCAGCCUGCGGGAGCGCGAGGUGUCGGCCUUCGUCACCGCCCCCGGCCAAGGGCCACUGCUGGUGCCGCGGGUGAGCUCGGGCUCGUCAUUCCGCGACGCCUCGCAGGACAACACAUACUCUGCUGUCGCGGUGCUGGACAGGCCCCUGGUCAAGCCGGGGGACGACCUGCACGUCACGGCCUUCAUCCAGCGCGUGCGUGGCGCCCAGAUGCUGCCCCCGACCGGCCUCGGCUCCAUAGUGUUCCAGGUCAGCCCCGGCUUUGACCCGGCCUCGCAGCAGCCGCUGCUGCUGACCGCAAAGGUGGACGACAGCUUUGGCACUGCCCACAUCCGGAUCCCUGUCCCCUCGAAUGCGCGUCCCGGGGAGUUCUCACUGGCGAUCCUCGCCCCCGGCACGCCGAAGCAGCGCACGCCGCCGCGCCGCGCCGCGUCCCCGGCCGCGCGCGGCCUGCUCCAGUGGUCGCUGCUGCCGCCUGCCGCGAGCUCAAGCGCGGACGCAAAGGAGGCCGCGUUUGCGCCCAAUCAACCGCCCAAGGGCGCCGCCGCGAUCCCCGCGCCGGCCAAGCCCAAGGCCGGCGCCGCGCCGCCCGCCAAGGCGCCGCCGGCCGCGCGCGGGUCAGGCCCCGCGCCGGCGACGCUUUCGAAGAUCCUCGUGCCCCCCACCGGCGGCGCUGCAUCCGAUACUGAUGGGCUGUCCAACGUGGGCAGCACGGGGUUUACUGUGGGCGACCCGCGGCCGCCGACGGCGGAGCUGAACGUGACGGCGCCAAAGUGGGUGACGCCCCGGGCCCGGGUCAACGUUCAGUUGACCGCCAGGAGCUACAUCGGCACGCAGGUAGCCAACGCGUCCAUCUCUCUGGCGUGGACGCUGCCCAAGGCCAAGGGCGAAAUCGAGGUCACCACGGACUCUGAGGGCAGGGCCAGCGCCGCCAUCGACCUCGGGGAGCUUGGCGCCGCCAACGCCACGCGCGCGGGCGACGCCCUCGAGCUCAGGGCCACCUGGAUCGGGCCCACGCGGGAGCCCAUUUUCGCGUCCAGGACCGUCAAGAUUGCCGACGGCCCCGUGCGCGUCGAGCUGAGCCGCACCCUGGAGACCGACCUGCCCGGCGUGCCCUUUGGCGUCACCGCGGCCGCGUACUCCAACGAGGAUGACGCGCCCCUGGACGGCACGCUGGUGGCCAUCAGCGUGGUGCCUGCUAACACCAGUGCCGGCGCGACCGGCUGCACUGCGGCGCAGCUCUCGGCCCUGGCCAAGAAGGCCUGCAGCAUCAAGUCUGGGGACACGGUCGCAGCCGCCAGGGCCUGCCAGCUGGCGCUGCCCUGCGUCGGCGCGUUCGCUGUCAAGGCAUGCGUCAACGCCUCGUGCACCAACGUGACCCUGGGGCGCAACGCCACAGAGUGGGCGGGCUUCCCUUGGAACGAGCAGCCCAAGAUCAAGGCGAGGGGGGGGGGCCACGCCGUGCUGCGCUGCACUGCACUGCGCUUCGUGGCACGGGGACAGGGGUGGCUCGCCAGCAGGGUCCUGGCGGACAAGCCGCAGUACAGCGCCAAACAGUCUGUGGCGUUGGUCGUGCAGAACCCCUACUGGGGCCCCGCCUCCGCGCUGGUGGUGUGGGGCAACCGCCUGCAGCGCAAGCAGAAGGUGUUUUUGAAGGUCGGCCCCGGCAUCUCGAACCUGACCAUAGGCCCCAUCGGUACCGAGUGCCUCGGCGGCUGCACCGCGCGCGUCCUGCUCUCAGUCGCACGCCCCGCGGCGGGCAAGGCGCUCGCGCCGCUGCCCGCCGUGCCGGUGUCGCGGCUGUUUGACCCCCUGGCGCCGCACACGCCAGAUGGGUCUGUGGAUAUUGACGUGCCGCAGGGCACCUCCCUGUCUUGCGCCGUCUCCGUCGACUCUGGCGCCAAAAACUCCGCCGGCGUGGCAGUGGUCGCGCCCAACAGGACCGCCAACAUCGCGGUCAAAGUCACAGACAAGGACGGCAGGCCCGUGGCCGGAGCGCAGGUGACCCUGGUGAUCGUGGACAAGGCCAUCCUGGACCUCAAACCCUACGAGCUGCAGAACGUGUCCUCCCAGCUGCAGCCCGACCUGUCCGCCAGCAUUGAGGCCACGACGCUGGACCGUUUCCGCGCCACCCGCGCCGCACUCAACGCCACGUUCAGCACGCUGCAGCGGCGCCUGAAGCUGGACCCCUUCCUUCCGAUCUACACCCGGAUCCAGCCAAGCUCCGGCUACAUCCCCCUCUGGCGCCCCUGGGGCGACUGGGCCUCGUCAUCGUCGUUCCUCCCCUCCCCCUCGCCCGUCGACGUGCCCGACACAGACUACCUCGCCAGCUUCACUUCCCAGAUCACCGUGUUCCCGGGGAUCAACGGGCCGGUCGGGAUCUACGGGGGCUUCGGCGGCCCCGUGGCGAUGCCAAUGAUGAUGGCGCGCGGCGCCGCGUCGUUCGCGGCGCCCGCGCCCGCCGCUGCGGCCGGCGAGGCGAUGGCGGACAACGCCGCCGUCGCGUCCAAGUCGGCCGUGCGGGGGGGCGCGGAGGCGGCGCAGCAGGCGGGGGGCGCGGAGGUGCGGCUGAUGAGCGACUUCAAAGUCACGCCGCUGUUUGCUGUCGCGACGACCGGCGCCGGCGGGGACGCGACUGUCGCGUUUGCGGCGCCCCCAAACCUCGGCACGUUUGUCGUGCGCGCCUACGCCGCGUCCCCGCCUGAUGGGGAGGCCCCGACGCUCUACGGUGCCGGCGAGUCUCGCGUCGUCGUGCGGCGCGGCGUUUCGCUGCUGCCGUCCGUACCUCGGAUUGUGCGCACUGGUGAUACCUUCGAGGGCGGCGUCAUAGUGACGUCACCGGGGGCGUCUGGGGCCACUAAGGUUACUGUCGUCGCAUCUAUAGGCGGCAAGGCGGGCGCGGGCCGGCCGGUGGUGCUGCAGUCGGGCGCCGCGUCGGACAGCACGAGCGUGACGGUGGCGGCCGGGGGCCAGGAGGAGCUGCGAUUCAAAUUCACGACGCGACAGGUCGGCAAUGGCACGCUGCGCUUCACCGCAACGACCGGCGCCGGCGGCGACGCGGCGUCGGACGCGCUGGAGCUGGAGGUGCCUGUGCUGGGGCGGCAGGGGGACGUGUACGUGGCCACCUCGUUUGCUGUGCGGCCGAACGCGACCAGCAACUCAACGUCGACGCGCCAGGAGGGCCUGGCGCUGCCCAAGGCUGAGAACGGCACCGGCUCCCUGGACCUGCUGGCGGGCGUGGGGUACCUCCCCGCAGUGCAGGUCUGGCCGGCGGGUGCGACAUGCAUGCUCUGA